AUGGCCCCUACUUCCCUCUUUCUUCAGGCCUUGCCACUGCUACCUGUACUGGCACUCGCCGCAGACUAUCCAGGCAUACCUAAGGACUUGACCACUCCUGUGCAACAACGCAUCGCCUUCAAGGGCCCUAAUGCUAUCUCCGUCGGUUGGAACACCUACGAGCAACUCGCCGAGGGCUGUGUGCAGUAUGGCAAAUCUGCAAACAGUCUGACUUCUCAAGCGUGUUCUGCUCAGUCCUUGACUUAUGGCACCUCUCGCACUUGGGCCAACUCUGUGACACUUUCUGGACUUGAUGCGGCGACUACGUACUACUACAAGAUCAACUCGACAAAUUCGUCUGUCAACCACUUCAUGACUGCUCGUGCUCCUGGAGACAAGACUGCCUUCAACUUGGAUGUUGUGGUUGAUCUCGGUGUGUAUGGUGCAGAUGGCUAUACAACUUCUCGCAAGCGUGACAUUCCUUACGUCCAGCCUGCUUUGAACCACACUACCAUCGCAGCUCUAGCCAACACCAUUGACGACUACGACUUUGUGCUUCAUCCUGGAGACUUUGCAUACGCAGAUGACUGGUAUCUCAAGCCCAAGAACCUCCUCGACGGCAAGAAUGCCUACGCCGCCAUUCUCGAAAACUUCUUUGACCAACUCGCCCCCAUCGCGAGCCGAAAGCCUUACAUGGCUUCGCCAGGAAACCACGAAGCUGCGUGCACAGAGAUCCCCUACACCACCGGUCUUUGCCCCGAAGGUCAAAAGAACUUUACAGACUUCAUGACUAGAUUCAAUGGACUAAUGCCAACCACCUUCCCUUCCUCAUCCAAGAACGCAACAGCACAAGCUUUCGCAAAGAAAGCUGCAAGUCUCGCAAACCCACCCUUCUGGUACUCCUUCGAAUACGGAAUGGCGCAUAUAGUAAUGAUAGACACCGAGACCGAUUUCCCCUCCGCCCCCGACGGAAAAGAUGGAAGUGCCAAUCUAAACGCUGGAUCUUUUGGCAACACACCCACCCAACAGCUCGAUUUCCUGGACGCAGAUCUGGCUUCUGUGGAUAGAACUGUUACGCCAUGGGUUAUUGUCGCCGGUCACCGUCCUUGGUAUUCCACCGGUGAUAGCAAGAAUAUCUGCAAACCCUGUCAAGCGGCCUUUGAGCCUCUCUUCUACAAGUACGGCGUGGAUCUGGGUAUCUUUGGCCAUGUCCAUAAUUCUCAGCGCUUCAACCCUGUUUACAACAAUGUUGCCGACCCAGCUGCUUUGAAAAAUCCAACAGCACCAGCGUACAUUAUUGCUGGAGGAGCAGGCAAUAUCGAAGGCUUGAGCGCCGUGGGCGCCAACUACUCGACCAACGUAUUCGCAUACGGAGAUGAAUUCAGUUACGCAACUGUCAAGUUCUUGGAUGAGCAGAACUUGCAAGUGGAUUUCUUGAGGAGUGACACUGGGGAGGUCUUGGAUUCCAGCGUACUUUUCAAGAAGCAUGAUGUUGCUUUUGUUAGAAACUGA